UUGGAAAGAAGAAGAAACAUGACCGAUCAAGAGAUCCUCCAAGAAAACCCUCAAAAAUUCGCCAAAGAUAAAAAGAAAUUAAAAUUUCUUCAAAGAGAUUAUCAUCGUGGUGCUUUCUUUCAAGAUGAUGAAUAUAUUAAAAAUAAAGAUUUCUCUGCUCCAACCGGUGAGGAUAAAUUUAAUAAAGAACUAUUACCUGAAAUUAUGCAAGUUAAAAACUUUGGAAAAUCUGGAAGAACCAAGUACACGAAUUUAAAAGAUCAAGAUACCUCAUCCAAAGACCCUUAUUGGAACCAAAACAAAUAUAGUAAUAAAGAUAGAGAUGUAAAAAGAAAUGACGAUCAUAGUAGAAGAGAUAGUGAUAGAAGAGAUUCGUACGAUAGCAGCAGAAGAGACUAUGAUAGAAGAGACUAUGAUAGAAGGGACCAUGAUAGAAGGGACCAUGAUAGAAGGGACCAUGAUAGAAGGGACCAUGAUAGAAGAGACCGUGAUAGAAAAGACUCAUAUGAUAGCAGAAAAGACUAUGAUAGAAGAGAUUCAAAUAGUGAUAGAAGAGAUAAUAAUAGAAAAGACGACAGAAGAGAUGACAGAAGAGAUAAUAGAAGGGGUGAAAAUGAUAGAAGAGAAGACUAUGAUAGAAGAGAUAAAAAAAACGAUAAUCAAGACCUGUACGAUAAAGGAAAUAACGAAAAGCGAACAUUAAGAUCCUACAAUACCUAUUAAAAAAAGUAUAAUAAAAUAUUUAAUAAAAAUAUUUAAUUUUUAUUAAUCUGUUUAUUUAUUUGUAAAUAAUAUAUUUU